AUGAAACAGAUGAAAUCUUUCAAGUUUGUGCCAUUUAUCCCACUUGAUGUAUAAAUUUAGAAUCUUGAAGUAUUUUCCAUAAAAUUAUAUUAUUUUAGAAAAAGAUCAUUGAAGAAAAAAAUAUAAAAAAAAUAUGUUUUAAAGAGUUUUAAAAUCAAUAUAGAAUAGAUCAUCUUUUGAAAGUCUAAUCUAAUCUCAGAUAAAUUAAUAGCAUUCGAUAAGUAAAAUUUUCUAGUACUGUACUUUCAAUUGAGCAUUUUGCUUUAUUAGCAUAAUGGCUUAAAUAAUUAUAAUGCAACGAUUUUAUCAUUAAAUUAAAUAACAAUAAAUUGGAUAAUAUUGAAAUCAAAGAUUUCUUAUAUACAAUAGUAACAGGUGAUAUUUAAAUAAAAAAAGUAUAAUUUUUAUUAAUAAAAAGAUUUUAAUAACUAAUAAUCCAGGAAUCUUUAAAGAAUCUCUAAUAUCUGAUUUAAAAUAACUCAUUAGAAAAUAAAAUGCAAAUAAUUAUUAAUAUGAAUAUGGAUUAAUAUAAAACAAAGAAUAUUUAUCAAUUGGAAUUAUAAGGUAAAAUUUUAAUGAACCUUAAGAAUAAAGAGAUAUGAAAUAAAAGAAGAUAUUAAAAAAAAUAAGUAAGCUUAAUUUUUUUUCAUUCUCUUUCAAUUAAACAUUUACUUAAGUAAAUUUUAGAGCUUUAGAACAUCUAAUUAAUCUUAAUUUUAAUGAAAAUGGAAUUGAUUAAAUAUCUAAAUUAUCAAUAUCUUCAAGUUUGAUUGUUAAUUCUGCUAUAAUGUGUGAAUAAAUGUCAACAUCAAAAGGAUUAUUAAAAUUAGGAAUGUAAUCUUAAUAGAUACUUAAUUACUCAGUUCCAAUUGAGAAUUUAAUGGGAAAUAGAUAUCAUAAAUUUAGGGUAAAUGAAUUAGAUAUUGAAAAAAAUCAAUCAAUACUUGAGAAAACAUUUAAAAUACUUUCAGACAAUAUAUUUUUGCAUUGUAAAAAAAUUAAAUUUAGCUCAUCUUUACCUUAAUAACUAAGUACUCUUUAUAAAAUGUUUGUGAUGACAGAGUCAUUUUAAUAAUUUUCAAAUUAAUUAAUUUAACAAUCUAUAAAACAAGGAAAAAUAUUAAAGCAAAAUUUAAAAGUAUUAGAUUUAUCAUUCCUUGAAAAUUAUAAUAGACAUGACUUAAUUGCAAAAUUUUUAUAAGCUUUAGUAUUUACAGAAACAUCUAAUUUAAAAAAAUUAAGUAAUUUAAAUUUAUUAAUUUUAGCCAUUUAAAAUGUAGAUAUUGGAAGAACUUAAGCAUAUAUUUAAUCAUUAAUUAGAUUUAGAGAAUAUAUUUAAUAAUAAUAAUAAAAAUAUCCUUUUUAUGAAAAUUUCAAAUUACCUUUGAAAUCAAUUAGAUUACCAAAUUAAACUUAUAGAAUGGAAAUUGCCACUAUGAAAUAGUUUUUUUAAGAAUUUUUUUUUACAAGAGUUGGAGAUAUGUUAGAAAUUGAGGAAUUUAUUAUGGAAAAAUGUUUUAAAUAAUCUAAUAGAGAGGAAGGAUUAAAAGAAAAUUGUGCUGAAAUAUUUUAAUUAUUGUAAGCAAAUCCUGAUAUAAGAUAUUCAAUUAAAAGGAUUAGAUUUAUAGAAUCAACUUAUUAAUUUGAUAGUGUAACAUAUAGAUGUUUAUUUUUAAAUAAUUGUUUUAAUGUUGAAGAAUUAAUGAUAAAAAAGGAUUCAAUUGCAGGAGAAUUUAUUUAAUUCAUAAAUGAAACAGAAUAAUUUUUUAUUCAUUAACCUUUAGAGUAUAAACUGCCAUUAUAGAUAAUAAUUUUGGAUGAAAUAGAAGAUAUAGUCUUUAAUAUUAGUGAUUUAUUACAAUUUUUUGUUUUUCAUGAUCGAAUGAAAAUUAAAAAAUUAGUUUUAAAAUCGAUUUAAUUAUUAUAUUCUUAAUAUUCAAUUUCUACUUUAGAAAAUGUCAUAAAUUCUAAAGAUAAAAAUUAGAUAUUAUCUUUAGAGGAAUUUGAGUUUUCUAAUUUAACAGAUGAUGUUGGAGUUUUAUAAUUUUUUAAAUAUGUUGUAUUUGGUUGGAAUAUAAGAUUAAAGAAAUUGAAAUUUGGUUAAUUAGAUUUUUCAGCUUGUGUGUUAUUUUUAUAAUAAUAUAUAGAAGAAUAAAAAAAGUAAAAUUUAAGCCAUUCAUUUGAAAAUUUGAAUAAACUUAAAAUAUCAAAUGUUUAAUUUGAAGAUGCAAUUUCAUGGGAGUUUUUUUUUUAAUAAUUUAUUUUUUAUUCAUAAACUAAUUUGAAAAAAUUAAGAAUUUGUUAACAAAAGUUGAAUGAAUCAUUUUAUUAGGGAAUUUGUUAAAGUUUUGAAAAUUCUGGAGAAAUAAUUAAGUUAGAAUUAAAAGACUUAAAAUAUGAAAAAUGUGAAAUAAUUGUGGAUGUAUUGACAGCAUUUUUAUAUACAAGUUCUUUGAAUCAUUUAUAAUUUGUUUAAUGUACUAAUAUAGAUCAAGGUUUGAAAAUGAGUAUGGAUAAAUAUCAUCAAUCAAAUGUUAAAUAAUAUAAUAAUUUUUAAUUAGAACAAUUUUCACUUUAAGAAAGUAAAGUAGAAGAUACUAAAUUAUUUAAAUGGUUAAUAAAAGAGAUUGCUUUAAAUUUAUAAAAUUAAAGAUUAAGAAAAUUAAACCUUUCUAAUGGUAAUCUUACAAAUGAACAUCUUAGAAUACUAGAAGAAUAGAUUGAAUUAAUUAAAGAAAUAAAUCAUAAACAAAAAAACUCAUUUUAACUUUAUAAAAUCAAAAUUGAUGAAAAUCAAUCUAUAUCAGAAAAAACAUGGAUGGAUUUCUUUAAUGUUUUAAUGAAAAGUAAAACAGUUACUGAAGAUAAAUUACGAACAAAUACAAAUACUUAAUUAUAAAAAAGUAAAAAUAAAAAAUAGAAAAUUAAUUAAGACAAAUAAACAUAAGAUUCUAUGAAUAAACUUAAAAUGUAGAAUUAGUAAGAUAGAGAAAUUAAAGAAAAAAUUGAUGUUUAAUAAAAAAAUAUAAUUGAAUCUACAUUAUACUUAAAUGAUUUAAAUCUUAAGUAAAAGAUAGUCAACAAUUAUCACAUUUUCACUCCCAAUUUUCCUAAAUAAUUAAAAUAAUUAAAUCUAAAUAUGAGUUUUUCUGAUUUGGAUAAAAAUGAUAAAAAUUAAAUAUAUGAAAGAUUAAUAUCUGGAUUAAUUAUGCAUCCAGAAAAUCAAUUAACUGAUUUGACAUUAAUAAAUUUGAAUUUAAUAUUGUUUAUGGAAAAAUGCGAAUAAUUUUUAAUAUAUUCUAAUAUUUAUUAAAAUUAAUGCAUAAAAAAUGAAGAUAAUAAAUGGUAAAGUAAAUUAGAAAGUUUAUCAUUAAAAAAUCUUGCCUCUUAAAAUUAAAAAAGUACAGAAUUAUUUGUUAAUACAUUUAUUUGUUCUUAAUCUGUGAAUUUAUAAAAGUUACUAUUAGAGAACUUUAAUGAUAAUUUGCUAGUAAGCUUAAUGAAUUAAAUUGAUAAAAAAUAGGAUUAUAAAAUCACUGAAUUAACACUUCUUUGUAAUUAUGAAUCAAUAGAUGAACGAUGUUUAACUUCUUUUGUUAAUGAUAUUAUUUAUUGUUAAAGAUUUCCGUUGUAGAAAAUAGAAUUAUUUGGAAUUGGAGUAUAAUAAAGCAAUAAAUAGUAGAGUAGUUCUUUGAAUAAAUAGUUAAAAAACUUUUAAUAAAAUUAAUAGAAAUUGAAAUAGAUUUCAUUAAAAUCAAUAACAAUAUAAUUAAUUGAUGAAUAAUAGGAAAAAACUUUUAUACCAAUUUUUGGACAUCUAUUAUCAUAAUAAGAUAGUAAAUUAGAAGUAAUAAAAAUAUAAACAAAAUAAGAAAAUUUAUCUUUGAAUUUUUUUUAAUAAUUAACAAAUGAAUUGUAAGGAAUUGAAUAGUUGAAUUUAAAAGAAAUUAAUGUAUAAGGUAAAAUAUUAUUUGAUGAAGUGUUUGUAUAAUUUUUAGGGAAAUGUAUAGUAAGUUUAGAAAUAUUAUCAAUUAAUAAUGUAGAUUUUCAAUUUUCAUAGAAAUUAUAGAAUAGUUUAAAUAAAUUAAAGAGAAAGGAGAAGAAAUCAAAAUUUUAAAUUGAAGUAAAAAAAGUUGAAACUGGGGUUGAACAUUUUUUUGAAUGUUUUACAUUUAAUAAAAAUAUAAAGGCUACAAAUAUAAUUUUGAGUCAUCCUUAGAAUUUUAGUUCACUUAGAUUUGAGAAUAUGAGUCCUUUUAUAAAAUCAAUAAAAUUAGAUAUGGGAUUACUUUAUAGUUCAACAGUUAGGUUAAAUAGAGAUAGUUUAACAUUAUUAAGUUAAAGAUUUAUUUAUAAUGAAUAAAGUCAUGUCGAAGAAAUGUUAUUAUAUUAAUGUUAAUUAAAAAGAGAGGAAAUUGAAGCAUUUUGUUUACCAGCAGGAUAAUUUAGAGAAUAAAUGAUAUAAUAAUAAAAAUAAGGAACUUGUUAAUUGAGAUUAAAAUAAUUUUCGAUUUAUUAUUCAUUAUAUAUAGGUGAAUAAGGUUGUGAAAUAAUAUCAAAAGAUUUAAUAUUUUUUGAAUAUAUUGAUAUUGAGAGAAUAGAUUUCUUAGUUACUAAUUUUAAUGAUUAGAUGUGUGAUCAUUUUACUUAAGCAGCUAAAGAUUGGUUGAUAUUUUAAUAAUAACACGAUCGUAAAAAUAAAAGUGGUUAUCCAUUAAAAUAUUUAGAUAUUGGUAGAAAUGAAUUUGUACAAUCUAAAGCAACAUGGACUAAUCUACUUUAAACUUUAAUAUUUACAGAUAAAGCAUAAGAAUUAGAGACUUUAAAUAUAUAAUUUAUGGGUUUUAAUGAUGAAAUUAUAUCAUAUUUAGUUGAAUAAGCUUUAUCAUUUUUAGAUAAAAAACCUAAUGAUUAUGUCUUACCAAUUAAAAAAAUUAAUUUCUCUUAAAAUAAUGCUUUAACUCAUAAAGGUUGGUAAAAUUUAUUUGAUAAUUUCUUUUUACAUAAAAAAGUUAAUCUUAUUGAAUUAAAUAUGAUUAGUACUAUGUUGGAUACUUAAAUUAAACUUAAUACAAUUUAAGAGUGCAUUAAAAAAAGAGCAUUAUAAGAACCCAAUUAAAAAUUAUAACUAUAAGUUUUUUUAUGUUAUAAUGUUUCUCUUAAAAAUGCUAUUGAACCUUAUCUUUAAAUUCCUAUCAAAGAUUAUCCUAAACCUAAAAAUCUUCCUGUUGAUAUUGAUUAUGAAAGUUGGAAAUAUGGUAUAUUUGAUGGAAUUCCUGAAGAAUUUGGAUCUAUAAUUAUGUUGGUUAAUACUCUAAUUUAAAAAAGAAAUGAAUUUAUUGAAACAAAUAAAUGGAAAUAAUUUGAAGAUAUAAGAUUUCCUAAUUAUCAUCUUAAUUUUCAUCAACAUUAUUUAGCAAUCCUUAAUUCUUAUUUAUUUUAACUCAAAAAUAGAUAACCAAGUUUUUAUUUAAAUUUAUCUACUCUUGAUGUUAUGUGUUAAUUCUUUAAUUAUACAACAUAUAUAAGAGCAACACCAUAUCCUUAUAGAUUACUCUUUUCAGAAGAAUCUUUAUAAUAUUUAUCUGAAUAAUAAAUUAAAAUUAAAAAAUUAAAAUUAAUUUAAAUACCAUUUGCAAAAUUAGAAUAAUUAUCUUAAUUAGAUGUUUUAUAAAUUUGGUAACAAAUUAGAUAAUUGAAUAUUCAAAUUUAAAAAAUAGAAAUGGAAUACUAUCUAAAUGAUGAAUUAAUAGAAGAAAUAUUUAGAUAAGGCUAUAAUGAAUCUGAUUUAUUAGAUCUUAUUACUUUAAUACCUCCUGCUAAAAUCAGAAUUGAAAAUACCUUAUCUCUUAAUACACUUAAAGGAUUCUACAAUAUAUUAUAAAAUUAGUAUUAUUUCUCAUCAUCAAUUAUUAAAUAUUCAUUUAAUGAUUGGGUUAAUACAGGAUUAGCUUAUUAAAUAAGAGAAUGUGCAUACAAUUAUGUACCUAAGACCUCUUUUUAGUCAAAAAUUAAAAUUAUAGCAUAUAAACUUAGUAAUUGGUUAGUACUUCCUUAAUAAUCUUAUAAUUAUUCUAAUGAUCAUUAAGAAUUGUAAUAAUAUUUAAAAAUUAAUAGUAGAACAACAUUGUUUGUUUCUAUAAUUAACUUAUUCUAUUUUAUUUUAGUCAUAUUAUUGCCAUUUUAAAUAAUAUCUACUUAUUUUGAAGAACUAUCAUUCAAUUCUAAUUACUUUAUAACUUGUUUAUUAAUCAUACUUUUUUCAACUAUUUCUGAACUUUAUCUAGUUUAUGAUAUUUAAAAGAACAAACUAAAAUCCAAUAAUUAAAUAAUUUACAAUUAAAUCUAAUUAUUACCAAAAUUAAUUUUUUCAAAAUGUAUCCCUUUUUUUAAUUCUAUUUCAUUUUUAAUGUAUUACAAAUACGACUCAUUGAUCAUUUAAAUUAUUUUUAUGAUCAUCUAUUAAUUUUACUAUCUUUAACACCUAUUUAUCAAUUUUACUCUAAUAUAUUAGUAUUUUAAACAUUAAAACAUUUCUUUAUAGGAAUUAUAUCAUCUUUGCAGAAUAGGCAAUUUUAUAGAAAUUUAAAACAUUUUGGAUAAAAUUUUACCUUUUAAUUCUACUGUUAUCAUUAAAACCAAAUUGACAAAGAUAUUCUUACCUAAUAGCAUAUGGGGAAAAGCUAUACAUAAUAAGAUUUAUUAUAAUUUUAGAGACUUUAUUAUAAGAGAUUUACCUUUUUUUAUAUUAAAUGUCUUCUUUAUAACUUAAUAAUUAUAUUUUUAAAAGAAUAUUAUCACAUUAUUAUAGCAAUUAGCUUAAUUAGGAUAACUUUUAUAGAUAUCUAUUUCAUUUAAAAAGUAAAUAUUAUAUUUUAUUUAUUAAUUAGUUUUAUUUCUUAUCGACCAUCAUUAGUAACUCAAGAUGAUUUUGAUGAAAUAUGUAAAAUAAAUCAUAAAAAUUAUAAUAAAACAAAAUUGAAGUUAUUAUAAAAAGAGAAAAAACAAUUAGAUUUAUAUGCAAAUAUCUUCAAUGAAAGUGAAUUUAAAAAUAAGAAAAAGAAAUGA